UCUUGAGCUGCACAAUACUCCAUCCAGGAGUCUUUUAGAGGCAUUUCUUCUCCAUAGCAGUUCUCAUCCUUCCAACAUCCUUCCACAUUAAAGCAUCUUCAUAAAGGUUAGCUAGGAGGUCAUGAUACACACCCUCUUCUUAACCCUAGCUCAAAGACCCUCUCUGUUGAUUCUUCUGGCAAUUCUAGAUUCAUGUGCAACUUGCAAUUGCCUAAGAUUGCACCAUAAACACUAAUGUCGGGAUUUAUAGGCAUCUUGCCUGCUAUGGGUCUAGAAUGUCUGCACCGGCGGGAAUGAAACUGACCAGAGUAAACGAAUCAGGUUUCAUAUUUGCAAGCUGCAUACUGAAGAAGAGCCUCCUCGCAUCAUCUGACCUUCCAUCCCGCGUGAAGCUGAGAAUACGGCAUGAGAUCCGUGACUUGUAACCCAACUCAUCAAAUACCUGGCAACCAGCAGCAAGGUCGGUCCUCUUGCACUUGGGAGUACAUGGUGAUCUCCGCGUUCAUCACUGGCACAUUUGACUCCAGUCCAAUCCUCACAAAUAGCUCCCUGAUCAAGAUACACAAGCUCGCCACAAGCAUGCAAUGCUGCCAUUACAGACACAUCAGUCACAUCCAUGCCCUUCCCCACCAUCGCCUUGAAAUGUGCCAGAGCCUCAGUGGUGCCGACAGCAAAAGUGUGCACCUCACGGCAGACCCCAAGUUCCUGGGCGUCAGCGCAGCCGAUCAGCAUGGACACGAGCAUGACGGAGUCAGGCCGCUCCCCGUUCUGAACCACCAACGCCAUGACUGCAAUAGUGAUCCCAUUCCUCACGUACUGCACAACGAGCGCGUUCCAGGCAACGUGGUCUGGGACAGGCAUAUUGUCGAACACCAUGCGCGCGUCGCGGGGCUGGCGGCACUUGGCGUACGUGCUCGCCAUCGCCGUGAGCACCUCCGCGGGUUUCUGCGCCGCGAGCUGAGCGUGGACAGCGUGGCCCAUGGCGAGACCCCGCGCGUAGAUCAAAGUUUGAGAAGCGAGGUGAAUGUGCGGAGGACGGGGCUGGAGACGGGCGUGGAGGAAGAAGACAUGGAAGCGAAUGCGGCGAUCGUUCCCUGCAGAUCAGAGCGCGCGGCCGUGGACCUCAAGCACAUGUGGUGGUCGAAGCCGGCCUGCCCGCCGCUGGGAGGGGACGGCGACGAGGCCGAGAAUAACAUAUUUUUCCCCUUUUUCUCGAGUUAUUAUCGCGUCAUAUUUUUUGUCGGGAGGGGGUAGCCAGAAACAUGCAAUGUGUCUACGACUACUCCUUGCACCGUUGCACGUAUCUCAAUGUGAUCACCGGCGGAGCUAGAAUCAUAGUCCUGGGCGGGCCAAGCUAAAGGCUGCCAAAAAAUUCUUGCGAACUUUGCCUAGAUUUACCCUUAGGCCUACUCUUUUUCGGCCCUCUUUUUGCAGCAAAGUUGGGCGGGCCAGGGCCUGGUUUUGCUUGCACGUAGCUCCACCACUACAUGUGAUACUUCUCUAGCUCGUGAGCAAAGAAUGGUGCGACGUUGAAGCAUUGUUUGAUCCAAAGUGUUUCAUUCCUGGUGUCUCCUUGUCUCAAGCUAAGCAAGCCUCUUUUUUUUGUAUUUCUUCUUUCUUGCAUUGUUUGCUAUUAUAAAGGGUAGGACAAAAUUUGUUAUGUGGUGA